AUGCCUGAAGACUGUGUACAAAGGAUCAUCAAGGUAGGGAAGAAGAGUCUACCAUCUGUUCUGACCAGAGGGAUGGAAAUAGACGACAAUUCUACCAUAAUCACUGAAGAUGAUUGGAGAAAUCCUAUCAUAAAUUACUUGCAAUAUCCAGCCCUGCCCUCUGAAAAGAGAGUCAGAAUCAUGGCUUUAAACUACCUUAUGUGGAAUGGAGAUUUGGUCCGAAAAAGCGAGGAUGAGGUACUUCUAAGGUGCCUUGGAAAGAAAGAAUACAUGAAAGUCAUGGGAGAAACUCAUGAAGGAAUCUAUGGAGCUCACCAAGGUGGAAGAAAGAUGUGCUGGUUAAUCAGAAGAUACGACUACUUCUGGCCAACUAUGAUGAAAGAUUGCAUUGACUAUUCCAUGGGAUGUGAGGCUUGUCAAAGGCACGGCCCAAUCCAGCAGACUCUUUCAGUUCCCAUGAAUCCAGUAGUAAAACCAUGGCCUUUCAGAGGAUGGACAAUGGAUCUUAUUGGCAAAUCUAUCUAG